AUGUCUAGCAUCUCCACCCACAUGCAAACCCUGCAGCCUACUGAAACUCAAAGCUGGAUACGAUCUUGGUGUAUUCAGCCUCAUACUUCCACCCUCCACUGUCUUUCCGCCUUCCUGCGAAAUCAUCCUCCUCCAUACAUCAUCAUGAUGAACAUUGCGGCAUUCUGCAUGCUUUUUGCAGCCAAUCUAGCUUCUGGCGCAGCAGUAGCCAACCCUGAAGCACAGAGAGACAUCAACAUUUCCUUCACGAGCAAGGGAAAUCUUGCCAACUAUCGCUCGUCCGGCAAAGUGAACGUCACCAAAGAAACAACAUUCACAUCCAUGAAGCCACUGGAACUCAAGCUCACGCCUCUUCCCGGCCUCUCAGCAAAGACCGGAGACAGCACCAACGCCCUUGUCCCCGUAUCCAGCUGCCUCACCCCGCGCAUCGCCGCUGAUCCAGAAGACUGCGACGCGCUCUGCACGUUCCUAGAAGAGAGCACCGAAGACCUCCUUCUCCCGGCGCUCGAAAUCCAAGAAAUCGAAACCGGGACUUGUGGGUUUGGAGUCGCCAACCUCUGGCCAUGCGGAUCGGUUACCUUUUCGCAGAACCAGUUGGGGCCGGUUUGCAGGAACAUGCUGAGUGAGUGCGUGCGCAAUGGAGAAGAUGGAUUUGUGGAGGAUAUUGGUGGGCAGAAUUUGGCUUUUGCGCUGUAUGGGCUGGAGAGUGCGCCGCCUUAUACUGCGGCUCCUGGAGACUGUUAG